AUGAUAACAGACAAAAGAGCUGUUGAGGACUCAGGCGUUCCUAAGAAUAAAAAAGCAAAGAUUGCCAGGGUAAAAAAUAAAAUGCCAGCUGCUGUGCAAAUAACAGCUGAGCAGCUUCUCCGAGAAGCUAAAGAGAGAGAACUCGAAGUUACGCCGAAGGCUCCACAGCAGAAAAUUACAAGCCUUUCGGAGUUGAGAGACUUUCAGCUGCGUAAAAGAAAAGAUUAUGAAGAUAACAUUAGGAAGAACAGAUUGGCUAUGCAAAAUUGGAUUAAGUAUGCAAAGUUUGAGGAAACGCAAGGUGAACUUCAAAGGGCUCGUUCAGUUUUUGAACGUGCUUUGGAUGUGGAUUACAGAAAUGUUGGUCUUUGGCUUAAGUAUGCCGAGAUGGAGAUGCGCCAUAAACAGGUGAACCAUGCUCGAAACUUGUGGGACCGGGCAGUUACUUUAAUGCCUCGAGCUAAUCAGUUCUGGUAUAAAUAUACGUAUAUGGAAGAAACACUGGUUCAUCCUGAACCAAAAAACUGGAUUAAGUAUUCAAAAUUCGAGGAAAGAAAUGGUUUUAUCAAUUCAGCUCGUCUGGUUUUCGAGAGGGCAGUUGAGUUUUUUGGCACAGAUAAUCCCCAGGCUCGUUUGUUGAUUGAUUUUGCCCGGUUCGAAGAACGUCAAAAAGAGUAUGAACGUGCUCGCGUUAUUUUUAAGUAUGCACUAGAAAAUUUACCGAAGGAUGAUUGUCAAGAGAUUUACAAAGCUUACACACUUCACGAGAAAAAGUAUGGCGAUCGUUUAGCUAUUGAAGAUGUUAUUUUAAGCAAACGAAAGUUUCAGUAUGAAGAGGAAGUCCAAGCAAACCCUCAUAAUUAUGAUGUGUGGUUCGAUUAUGUCCGUUUAAUGGAAGAAGAGGGUUCAAUUGAACAGACACGAGAAAUUUAUGAACGUGCUGUCGCAAAUGUACCACCAAUCAAAGAAAAACGAUAUUGGAGACGCUACAUUUAUCUUUGGUUGAAUUAUGCACUAUAUGAGGAACUAUCAGCAAUUGAUCUAGAAAGAACACGUCAGGUGUACAGAUUUUGCUUAAAGUUAAUACCACACAGACGUUUCACAUUUGCUAAAAUCUGGCUAUAUGCAGCUAAGUUCGAAAUCCGUCAAAAGAAAUUAACAGAUGCGAGAAAACUACUGGGUACCGCUUUGGAUCCAGUUGAGAGAAUUUGA